UUUAGGCCACAACAUCUUUUCUGGGGGAAUGAGCGGGAGGGAAUGGCAAGGAUUUUACGGCAUAGAUUGCCUCUUCUUCCUCUGGGGGAUGGAGAAGGCCCAUGUGGCAGAUGACCUUGUUGGUGCUGACUGGAAAACUCCAGACUAGUUGAUUAAGAUUACAUUCCUGGGGAAGGUGGAAAUGGCAGUCAGGUCAGGUAUUAAAUCUAGGUUUGGUAUCGGGGGCUUUAGCACAAGUGACACCAUUUUGGGCCUGUGGUUUUUCUCUUUAACACUCUGAUUGACUAGUGAGUGGGUAACAGAUGGGUAGGCCUGAACCUCAGCUACUUUCUACGACUUCACAGAUGCACAGGUGCCAGAAUACAGGGCUGAGGAGGAUGGGCUAGGAAUCAUCACACAAAGGAGGAAUUAUAUGGGAAAGCUCCUUGGGGUAGGGGUCAUUGAUAUAACCAUUCUGUUGGGCCAUUUAGGAGACUCUCCAGAGAGGAGAUGGUGGUAGAGGGUGCUCCAGGGAAGAUAAAAAUGUCUUCCUGGAGGUUAAAUCUAAGGGAAGAUGUAAUUUAGGUCUUUUGGAAUAGAAGAAAAAGAUUUUUUUCUUUUCUUUGAAAAGAAAAUCUGUGUGCUCGACUCUGUGCAUAUUUCUGUGGUUACCAAAGGUUCUGUUUAAAGAUAUGGUUAUUGUUUAACAAAAACUCACAAUUUGGCUUCUUCCUUAAACCUUUUGACCCAGACUUCGAAAAGAAUCUGAGUCAAGUAUUCAGAGAGAGGUCCAAAGAGAAUCCUAAUUAAGGGACUGUGUUCAGCCAGUCUGUCACUUUGGGGCAAGCAGUGAUUGAUAACAAGAAAAGUGGCUGGCCACAAUUCCCUAUCAUCUCUGCUUUUCUCCGGCCUGAUUCCCCCCAGCCUUUUCCCACUUGGGAUACCUAUCAUGGUGUAAACUCUUCCUUGGGGCAAUGUUUUCGUUUUGGAAACAAGUUUGGAGGCAAUGGGAGGGGGGUUGGGGAGCGAAUAGUGAUAUUUAAACAGAGCCGAUUCUCUAGGUAAUUACACCCUUUUACCUUGGAAGUCCACACACUGAUCAGAAACUCUGACCAAAAGGGUCAGGGAAAAGUAAGUCCAUGAUGUAGGUAUUUCCCUAAACCCAAGGCCACGCUUGCAUAAACUAUUUGUUCCUUACCUCCUCCACCCUAGACUUUGCCCUGCUCCUCUUAGGAGUUCCCAAAGUGAGAGAAGAUGGGGAACAUACCCAAAGGAGGUCAUCCCUAAGCCUGCCUUACCCUUCGGUAUGAUGGGAAGAGAACAGAGAACUCUAGAGAAAAGAGAGCAGUCGUGAAUGCUCCUCCCACACAGUGAAAGCCCCACCCCUCUGUUCUUUUGGGUCUGUAGCUCCUGCCAAAACUUCCCAUUUUUUUGCAAUGGAAGGAGGUGGUGGUCCUCAAGAUUUAAGAAGUUAUAUCUGGCCAAAAAAACAUAUCAGAUGAUUACAAAAACUAUUCUUGUGUCUCUGGGGUUGAAGGAAUAUCUUAUGAUUUAAUAUUAUCAACUACACUGAAAAAAGGAAUGUUCAUGAGAAAAUUUACAUUCUUCAACUUACUGAAAUAUAAACGUUUGUGCAUAUUUGAGAAACAAGGUGAUUUUAAGGUUUAAGUAGUGUUUAGCAUUAAAACGCCUAAAGCCCGUGCUCCUCAGCAAGAGAAGCCACCGCAAUGAGAAGCCUGCGCACCACAACAAAGAGUAGCCCCCGCUCGCCGCAACUAGAGAAAACCCGCGCACAGCAACGAAGACCCAAUGCAGCCAAAAAUAAAUAAAUAAAUUUAUUUUAAAAAAAGAGUAAGGUUUCUAUCUUCAAGGAGCUCACAGACUAUUGGAGUGAGAAAAAGAAAACAAAUCAACAGUCAUGAUAUAGUGAGACAAAAAAUAAUGAUAGAAAAAAGUACAUAAAGCUGUGGGAGUACAUAGGAGAGGCACCUUUCCAGACUGAGGCGACGGGGUGAUCAGGAAAGGCUUCUCCAUGUUGGUCCCUGAGCUGGAUGAGCGGCAACCAGAAAACAAGGGAGCAAGUUUGGACAGAGUGAGCUACGUGCGAAAGGCAAGCGGUGGAAGAAGGCUGGUAUUUCCCCAGAGUAGUUCAAUGUACUCCUGGAUGAUGUGUGUGUGUGUGUGUGUGUGUGUGUGUGUGUGUGCGUGCGCGUCUCUGUGUGUGUGUGUGUGUGUGUGUGUCUGUGAGUAAGUAGAGAGAAGUUAGGUCACGAAUUGCUUUUUAGAAAGAUUAUUCUAGGGACUUCCCUGGUGGUCCCAUGGUUAAGACUCUGCACUCCCAAUGCGGGGGGCCCAGGCUCGAUCCCUGGUCACGGAACUAGAUUCUGCAUGCUGCAAUUAAAUGAUCCCGUGUGCAGCAACUAAGACCCUGCACAGCCAGAUAAAUAAAUAAAUAAAUAUAUUAAAAAAAAAAAGAAAAAGAAAGAAAGAUCAUUCUAUCAACAGAGUGAAGAAUGGAGUAGAGAAGAGUAAAGCUGAAGUCCUGAAGUGCAGGAGGCACUGCAACAGUCUAAGUAAGAGCUGGUGGACCGGCAGUGGGGGCGAAGAGGAGGGGGCAUGUUCAGAAUUACUCACUGAGGAGAUAGCCUCAGGAAGACACAGUGAUAUCAAAGACAAAAUGCACCAGAUAAUUAAGCAGAUGGUUUUAUUCAGGCUGUUGCAAUAGAGAACAUGUUCAUUAAUGAAGAGCAUCUCAUGGAAAGGAAAAGGGAUCUGAGGUUUUACAGAGGUUGGAAAACUUAAGGAGUCAUGACAGGAUCUUACUGGAGUCAUGAGCAAGGGCGGACAUGAGUCUUUUCAUGGAAUAUACAAGGGCAGUGCGAUCCUUUACAGUUAGCUGUUUUCCCUGCCACAAAAGGUAUGGGGCUUUGGAAAACAAAAGGAUGGAGGGACUUCCUAACCAGCCUAUUUUCCAGGAGCACAGGGCUCAGAUAAAGCUCACUCCUGUCAAUGACUGAUUGGAUGUAAAACAAGAGAGUCAGGGAAGAGUCUGGGAAACUGUCAGGAUUCUAAACUGUGGGCUGUAGACUGCAAGAGAGGAAAAUCUUUUCCUCUACCUAGAUUCAGUGACUGGGGCCUGAGAGUUAAGUUGGCAAAAGACAUUAACAGGAGAAAAGGCUUAUUUCCUGUGCACAUCACUGCUUCACAGGAAAAAAGGGAAAACCCAAAGAAGAAGUCAAGCCUAAUUUGAGAGAAGUGGCAAAACAAAGGAGGAGGGGUUUGGGCUUCUAGGGGUUGUCAAUUGUGGGAAGGUAAAUAUAUGGGCAAAAGGAAUAGGAGAUGAGGGUUAUUUUAAGAUUUGUUUAGGCAGAUACAAGUCAUCACCACUUUCUAUCUCCUGUGAUAUGCUGUUCUCCUCCUGGUGUGGGAGAGGGGAGGAGAGGCAGCUCUGAAAGGGAAAUUUAUGCCCUGCUUUUAGGCAGAAUGAGGGAGGGCAGAGAGUUCCUCCUGAAUCUGCAGCUUCUUAAUUGCCUUCAGCUCAAAACAAUCCUUAUGCCAAAGUGGCAUAUUUUGGGGUGACAUGUUCUGCAUCUCGUCAACUAUGUGGGUGGUUCCAUCCAUUCAGGCAGAGAUAUAGAAGGACGGAAAAUUGUGUGUUCAGUGUCAUACAUUGAGUUCGAGGAUUUGUGAGGCCCGUGGGAUAUAAAGGCUCAAGUCAGUAGCUGAAGAAAAAGACUGGAUUAGCCAGGGAACUGAAAAGAGAAGGGGAGAGAAGGAAAGGGAGUGUCAACAUUUAACUGACAGAGGAAGAGAAAAGAAUUCAGAACCCAGGAUUCGCCAACAUUUCUUCUCUUAACAAUAAUUGAGGGGACUUCCCUGGUGGCACAGUCGUUAAGAAUCUGCCUGCCAAUGCAGGGGACAUGGCUUCGAGCCCUGGUCCGGGAAGAUCCCACAUGCUGCGGAGCAACUAAGCCCGUGCGCCACAACUACUGAGCCUGCACUCUAGAGCCCACACGUCUAGAGUCCGUGCUCCACAACAAGAGAAACCACCGCAAUGAGAAGCCCACGCAUCGCAACGAAGAGUAGCCCCCGCUCGGCACAACUAGAGAAAGCCCGCACGCAGCACAGCCAAAAAUAAAUUUAUUUAAAAAAACAAAAAACAAUAGUUAGUUGAGGGUCUUCCCUGGUGGUGCAGUGGUUAAGAAUCCCCCUGCCAAUGCAGGGGACAUGGGUUUGAGCCCUGGUCCAGGAAGAUCCCACAUGUUACAGAGCAACUAAGCCCGUGCGCCACAACUACUGAGCCUGAGCUCUAGACCCUGUGAGCCACAACCACUGAAGCCCACGUGCCUAGAGCCUGUGUUGCUCAACGAGAGAAGCCACUUCUCAAUGAGAAAUGAGAAGCCCACACACCGCAAGGAAGAGUAGCCCCGGCUCGCUGCAACUAGAGAAAGCCUGCGUGCAGCAACGAAGACCGAACACAGCCAAAAAUAAAUAUAAAUUUUAAAAAUUAAAAAAAAAAGUUAAUUGAGACGGCUUUCCCUUCUCCCUUAAGUCCCAUUCUUCAUCAUGGAUUUAGUGGGAAACAGGAUUGAGGAAGGGAAGCAGUAUCAGGAAAGAGCCCUACCUAAUAAACAAAAUAUACAAGAGGCGAAUUUAGAGUACAUAGAACUUUUCAUUCCUCCUCCUGAAGCCCUGACUCAAAUUUGUAUCAUAUCAUCCAGACUGUUGGAAAAAUCCUGCUCCCCCAUCUCGAAACAUUCCUCCACCACUAAGUGUAUUAUUACAUAUUGUAUAUUCUCUAUACACAUGGCUGUCCCUGUUCAUUCAACUAACACGUCUGAGUGUCUAAUUGUUUCAGGUGAUGUGCUUCCAGAAAUAUCUAUUUAAAAUCCUAAUCUGACUAUGUCUCUCCCUCACUUAAAAUCCUUUAGGGACUCCUAGCAAUAAAGUUCUACUUCAUUUUUGUGGCACAGGAGACUUUCCCUUUCUGCCCCUCUAGCUCCAAUUUUGGCCAUCCAACUUAAUACUUCCUUCUUCAGGAAUACCGGACAACUUUUAGUUCCCUAACUAUGCUCUCUGAUAAUUUUGAUAUGUGCUUUUUUUUUGCGGUUCGCGGGCCUCUCACUGUUGUAGCCUCUCCCGUUGCGGAGCACAGGCUCCGGAUGCCCAGGCUCAGCGACCAUGGCUCACAGGCCCAGCUGCUCUGCGGCAUGUGGGCUCCUCCCGGACCGGGACACGAACCCGCGUCCCCUGCAUCGGCAGGUGGACUCUCAACCACUGCGCCACCAGGGAAGCCCUGAUAUGUGCUUUUUAUCAUGCUGUUGGAAAGCCUUCCUAUCUCUUCUGCCUGGAGAACUUCCACUAGUCUUAAAGGUUGUGGCCUUCAAGUUGUGUUUUCUAUUCUAAUCAGUAAAUCGCCCCCAAGGAAUCUCUGUUCCUAUAGCGCUUGUACCUUCCCCAUCUUCUUUAUUCAUUUAUCUAUCGAUGGACACUUAGGUUGCUUCCAUAUCUUGGUUAUUUUAAAUAAUGCUGCAAUGAACAUAGGGGUGCAUAUAUCUUUUCUAGUUAACCAUUAUUCUACUUUCUGUCUCCAUAGAUUUUCUUAUUCUGAACUUUCAUAUGGAUGUAAUCACAUAACAUGUGGACUUUUGUGACUGGCUUUUUUCACUUAGCAUAAUGUUUUCAAGGUUCAUCCAAGUCACAACAUCUGUACUGUACCAGGCAUCAAGAAGUGGAAAUAGUAUUUACAAGCGCAGUGGAAUUGGAUGGCUUUUGAUAAGGAGCAAAGAUGUUUUGGAGAGAGAUAAUUACAUGUUAAGAGUGAUUAAUAAGCAAUUAAAUGCCAAGUAUGAAGUCAGAAGGCCUCUUGGCAAGAUAUAAAAAUUUUCAGCCCAAGGGUAGGAAAAUCUGAAUAUUAGCUUUGUCAUAAGAGGAAGGUUGAAUAGCUCCACAGAUGGUUGAGCUCUCAGCCAUUGCAGGUCUGGUAUGCCAAGGUCAAAGCACUGUUUGGGAAGGACUGGGACCCUGAGACAUUGGGAUGGGGAUAUCACAAUUGAUGCCCUCAAAAAUUUUCAAUUUCUAGAUGCCCCUGAAUUCUCAGGGCCUGAAAAUUUCCAUCUCCUCUCUGUUAAAUGCUAUCAUUUCUCCCUUGCUUAAAGAGGAGACAGAGGCUUCUACCUUAUGAGACAGCAUGUGGUCCUCUCAGCCUAUGUCCCUUAUUUCUCUCCUGCCCAAUACCUAAGGUUAAGUCACAUAACAGUCUGACUGGGGAAGUGCUGGGCCUGCUAAUGGAAGAAAAAGAUUAUACCCAGAAGAAGCUGUAGGAUCUUAAACCAGCAGAAGCCAGGAGAGUGCACAUGAGAUAAAUUCUGAGGUGCUGAAUCAAGGGAUCUAGAACAUAGGUCGAAUAAGGGAGAGUCUAUCAAUAUGGGGGGACUUUCUGAGGAAACAGCAUUUUAUACCCAGGUAAGGAUAUCAGGAGAUGGUACAAAAAAUACCACCAGGAUGGCUUUUAGGAAACUUGAGGAAAGUGAUGCCCACACUAAGAGAAGCAGAAAUGACAGAACUGCCAUGGUAGAUAGUUGAAGAAGGGAUCAACUAGUUCAGAGAAGUGGUCCAUGGGAAGAUACAGAGCACCUUUUGUUUUCCAAAGUAAUAGGAAUGCUUUGUUGAGUGAGGCACCAGAAUCAUGGAGAAGCUAAGUGAUGGCUGCAGUUGCAGGCGUGGGCUGAAAUUGGAGGUGCUAAAAAAACCUGGAUCCUCUGACAGCACUGAGAAAGAUAGGUUCCUGAAAUGAUAGAAGCCAGGUGUUGGCACGUCACACUCAGAAGCAAGACCCCUUUCUUGGUAAUGUUGAAGGAUUCCUCGAUUUCAUGAACUUCCUCUCCUCGAUAAUACUGAAGAGCUCCUUCUCAGUUCCACUGAACUACCACCGUAACAAUGCAGCACGGAAUGAAUGAGUCUUAUACCUCUUGUAAAGUGAAAAGGAGAGAAGACAGAGGAGUGAUCCCGAAGCUUCCACUAACAUCGCCCAUUCUCAGUGAAGUGUUCAGAUGGAGAACCCAUGUGGAAGUUGAAGAUCUGGUUCUGAAGGCUGGAAGUCCAAGAUCAAGAUGCCGACAUACUCAGUGUCUGGAAGUGACAGGCCCCGAGCGAGCCCCGAAGGCCUGGCGGAGCCGCGGCCGGCCCGCACCCGGAGCGGCGGGAGGGGCGGGGAGCCGCGGCCGCGCCGGGCGCCUCCCACCCCGCUCUCGGCGCCCCCGCCCCUCCAGGAAGGGGAGGAGGCGAGGGGAGCCCGCCGCGGAGGCCGAGCGAGCCCCCCGCCCAGCCCGGCGCCGGGGGACCCCGGCACGUGAGGUGGACGCCCCCCCGAGAGCGCUCGGGUGCAGAGCCAGGCGCGGAGGUCUCGAGUCGGAGCGCCAGCCUCGGGCUCCCUGGACCUCCAUCAUGGAGACUGAGAGUGAGCAGAGCUCCAACUCCACCAAUGGAAGCUCCGGCUCUGGGGGCAGCUCUCGGCCCCAGAUAGCUCAGAUGUCACUGUACGAACGGCAAGCAGUGCAGGCUCUGCAGGCACUGCAGCGUCAGCCCAACGCGGCUCAGUAUUUCCACCAGUUCAUGCUCCAGCAGCAGCUCAGCAAUGCCCAGCUGCACAGCCUGGCUGCCGUCCAGCAGGCCACGAUUGCUGCCAGUCGGCAGGCCAGCUCCCCAAACACCAGCCCUGCCCAGCAGCAGACCACCACCACCCAGGCCUCCAUCAAUCUGGCCACCACGUCGGCCGCCCAGCUCAUCAGCCGAUCCCAGAGUGUGAGCUCUCCCAGUGCUACCACUUUGACCCAGUCUGUGCUACUGGGGAACACCACCUCCCCACCCCUCAACCAGUCCCAGGCCCAGAUGUAUCUACGGCCACAGCUGGGAAACCUGUUGCAGGUAAACCGGACCCUGGGCCGGAAUGUGCCUCUAGCCUCCCAGCUCAUCCUGAUGCCCAACGGGGCGGUGGCCGCGGUCCAGCAGGAGGCGCCAUCUGCUCAGCCUCCGGGAGUUCACGCAGAUGCCGAUCAGGUGCAGAACUUGGCAGUCAGGAACCAACAGGCCUCAGCCCAAGGACCCCAAAUGCAAGGCUCUGCUCAGAAGGCCAUUCCUCCUGGAGCCUCCCCUGUCUCCAGCCUCUCCCAGGCCUCUAGCCAGGCCCUCGCUGUGGCUCAGGCUUCCUCUGGGGCCUCAGGCCAGUCCCUCAACCUUAGUCAAGCUGGUGGAGGCAGUGGGAAUAGCAUCCCAGGGUCCAUGGGUCCAGGUGGCCAGACACCUGGGGGCUUGGGUCAGUUGCCUUCCUCAGGAAUGGGUGGUGGUGGGAGCUGUCCCAGGAAGGGCACAGGAGUGGUGCAGCCCUUGCCUGCAGCCCAGGCAGUGACUGUGAGUCAGGGCAGCCAGACAGAAGCAGAAAGUGCAGCGGCCAAGAAGGCAGAAGCAGAUGGGACUGGUCAGCAGAGCGUGGGCAUGAACCUGACACGGACAGCCACACCUGCUCCCAGCCAGACCCUUAUUAGCUCAGCCACCUACACGCAGAUCCAGCCCCACUCCCUGAUCCAGCAGCAGCAGCAGAUCCACCUGCAGCAGAAGCAGGUGGUGAUCCAGCAGCAGAUCGCCAUCCACCACCAGCAGCAGUUCCCGCACCGCCAGGCGCAGCUGCUGCACACGGCCACCCACCUCCAGCUGGCCCAGCAGCAGCAGCAGCAGCAGCAGCAGCAGCAGCAGCAGCAGGCCGCGCCCCUCCCUGCCCCCCCACCCCCGCAGGGCCCCCCCGCCCAGCAGGCCCCGCCUUCGCAGUCCCAGCAGCCAGCCCAGACUCUGGUUGUCCAGCCCAUGCUGCAGUCUUCGCCCUUGUCGCUCCCUCCUGACCCAGCCCCCAAGCCCCCCGUCCCCAUCCAGUCCAAGCCACCUGUGGCCCCUGUCAAGCCUCCUCAGCUGGGGGCUGCCAAGAUGUCAGCCACCCAGCAACCUCCGCCCCACAUCCCCGUGCAAGUCGUAGGCACCCGGCAGCCAGGUACAGCCCAGGCCCAGGCUUUGGGGCUGGCCCAGCUGGCAGCCGCCGUGCCUGCUUCCCGGGGGAUGGCAGGCACAGUGCAGCCUGGCCAGGCCCACGUGGCCUCUUCGCCACCUUCAUCCCAGGCCCCUGGUGCGCUGCAGGAGGGCCCGCCCGCGUUGGCUUCGGGGAUGACCCUGGCUCCUGUGCAGGGGACGGCACAUGUGGUGAAGGGGGCGGCUACCGCCUCCUCGCCUGUUGUGGCCCAGGUCCCUGCCGCCUUCUACAUGCAGUCUGUGCACCUGCCGGGCAAACCCCAGACAUUGCCUGUCAAACGCAAGGCUGAGUCAGAGGAGGAGAGAGACGAUAUCUCCACGUUGAGUUCAAUGCUUCCUGCGAAGGCGUCUCCGGUAGUAGAGAGCCCGAAGGUCAUGGAGGAGAAGGGCGGUGUUGGAGACAAAGCUGAACCAGUGACCAGUGUGAAUGCUGGUACCCCAAGCAGUGAUGUAGUAGCCUUGGCUCCUGCCCCGUCAGCACCGCCUCCCACGCUGGCCAUGGUGUCCAGACAGAUGGGUGACUCCAAGCCCCCACAGGCCAUUGUGAAGCCCCAGAUUCUCACCCACAUCAUCGAAGGCUUCGUUAUCCAGGAAGGAGCAGAACCUUUUCCGGUGGGUUGUUCUCAGUUACUGAAAGAGUCUGAGAAGCCACUGCAGACUGGCCUCGUGACAGGGCUGAAUGAGAAUCAGUCGGGUGGCCCCUUAGGUGGGGACAGCCCAUCUGCUGAGCUCGAUAAGAAGGCGAACCUCCUGAAGUGCGAGUACUGUGGGAAGUACGCCCCUGCAGAGCAGUUUCGCGGCUCCAAGAGAUUCUGCUCCAUGACUUGCGCAAAGAGGUAUAAUGUGAGCUGUAGCCACCAAUUCCGGCUGAAGAGGAAAAAAAUGAAAGAGUUUCAAGAAGCCAACUAUGCCCGCGUUCGUCGGCGCGGACCCCGCCGCAGCUCCUCCGACAUCGCCCGUGCCAAGAUCCAGGGCAAGCGUCACCGGGGUCAAGAGGACUCUAGCCGGGGUUCAGAUAAUUCCAGUUACGAUGAAGCACUCUCUCCAACAUCUCCUGGGCCUUUAUCCGUGCGAGCAGGGCAUGGAGAACGUGACCUGGGGAACCCCAAUACAGCUCCGCCUACACCAGAAUUACAUGGCAUCAACCCUGUGUUCCUGUCCAGUAAUCCUAGCCGUUGGAGCGUAGAGGAGGUGUAUGAGUUUAUUGCUUCUCUACAAGGCUGCCAAGAGAUUGCAGAGGAGUUUCGUUCCCAGGAGAUUGAUGGACAGGCCCUUUUAUUACUUAAAGAGGAACAUCUUAUGAGUGCCAUGAACAUCAAGCUGGGCCCUGCCCUCAAGAUCUGCGCCAAGAUAAACGUCCUCAAGGAGACCUAAGGUGGCCCUCUUGCACAAACCAGCCUAAGGCAGACACUCCCCACUGUCCAGGUUAUAACCUGGUGCCAGCAGAGACUUCACAGGGAAGACAGAGCUGUUCCAAUUCUGUAUGUCUUCUGUAGAGGGGAUUACUGAGACAGGGAAGACAAGUGCAAGAAUUGGUCGCUGGUGCUACAUGGUGGCAGCUUUGACAUUUCUCUGGGUUCUACUUUAUUUUUUAAAUCUUUACGAUUCUCACCUACCCUAAUCCAAUCUUUAUAAAAGAGGCAGUCUAGAGAACUAGGACUGCUUGGCCUUAUCCCGGAGCGGAGUGUCUAGCCAGGGUCAGAAUUCUCCUAGAGGAGGAAUGUACAGUAUGGUGAGGCAAGGAAAUGGGUGGAGUGUAGGUGUGCCUCAGCAGUGGGGGAGCUAGGGUUUUCUAGCUUGUGUGACACAAGUAGCAAAAUCUGGCACUCCCUCUUCCCUCUGGAUCGUGUGACUGUAGCUGUGGCCCAGAGUUUUGUUGUCACUCCCUUAGUAUUGGAUAUUUUCUCCUGCAUCCACGGCAGGGUCACCAGCCAGGGUAGAGACUGGGUUGGCAUCAUUCUGAUUUGCUGCAGGGACUAAAAGUUUUGGGCACACAUGUGGCUGUUGUCUUUCUUUCCGCAUCCCCCUGCUCCUUUCCAGUUUAUCUGUUGUCUCCUACCCCACCUUUCUUUUCCAUUCCAACUCUGCUCUGUCCUAUAGCUUUAUAAAGCAGGAGCGCGUGGGACUGAGGUCAGGAAUAGAAGUACCUGCCUUAGGCGCUAUACCUUAUACAACAAAAAUAUUAAAUAUUUUUUUUCCUCCUCAGUAAAAGGAUGAAAAUUGGUCUCAGUUGUCUGUUACUCCAUCAUUCCAGUGUAUCUACCCUCUUCUUUCACACAAAUGACUAGGCCAACGUGUUUUUCUUUUUAAUCUUUUAAGUGUUUUUGUACAAAAAAAUGUAUACAUAUAUUUUUUGCAUUUUUAAAACACCAGAGUGUGGGGGAGGGAUGCAAACAAAUAACAAAAAAGAUGCUUUUAUAACAUUAUUUUCCCUGUUUAGAAAGAAGAAAAAAAAUCAUUCCAAUAGUAUUUAAAAGUCCAAAGAUGAAAUCAUUUCAUUUCCUUCUCUAAAGGCUAAAAAAGGCCCCUGCCUAUUGAUUCCAUCCUCCUGUGUCCAGUGGAGCCAUGUUACUCUUCAGUGGCCCAGGCUCACUAUCACACAAAGAUCAGGCCAGGUUUCUGGGCACACGGCCUGAACAGAAAGGUGGAAGCAUCAGAAGAUUAAGACCGUCUCCCCACAGAAGUAAUGUCGUGGGCAAGAAGACACGUCCCUGAGCCAGAAAAAGGGACAAGUGCUGCAGCCGCCGCAGCCAGGGCGGAAGGUGGCAGAGCCCUGGAUGUCCCACUUCUGCCUCCAUUCCCUUUCCAGAAGACUGGGGGCAAAAAAAAAAAAAAAAAAGUCAAAA